AGGCGCAAUUUUCAACUGUAUCUACUGUAACCGGGUUAAGAUCGUCAUGUAUGGUAUUGUUAAUAGACUCUGUUUUUCACGCGAUUAUGCCCACAUUUCUUGACAUUUUUCCCGAAACGUUUGCAGUAGCAACACUCUGUUUGCUGGUUCCGAUAAUUCUCUGACGACCGUCUAUUCCACGUAAGAGUUGGCUGCCCUCGUCUGUUAUUCCUGUCAGGCUAUCUUGUCGAUUAGGUUCGGUGGCUUCCCUAAUAGUCAUCACUGUUGGUCGAUGGGUCGCCAAUGUAACUGACAAUCUUUCAGCAGUCAAAAGUCGGAGUGCUGUUCGUUUCAAAUCAGCUGUGUCACUCGGUGGCACUCGAAGGAGGUGUUCUCUCAGUGCGCCUAGCAACAGUCCUUCAAUAAAACGGGAGCGUUUAAUUUCCUCUCGCCCCAAGAUUUCCAGGCUAGGCUGUAAUGCGUAAAGAUAAUUGAUGGGGCUUUCAUGCAGUUACUGAUGGCGCAACAAAAAUUGAAUGGCCGUCUGCUGGGUAUCCACCUUCAACGAAAAACAUUCAUCUAAAAUCUUCCAAUUUCGAGAUGGUGAAAUUCACUCAGUAAAGCCGUUAUCUGUCUCUCGUUUCGCUGCUUCAUCAUCUAAGUAGGACAGAAGUUAUUCGAAGUGUUCCGACGUUGGUACGUCAUCACUCUAAUUUUCCAGAUAUCAUAGUCUGAUGUAACUCCUAACAGCUGCGGUUGACGGGGCGUUGUGCUGACUGUUACCUUGCCUGGGAGGACUGGGGGUUCGUCAUAGUGUUCAUCAUGUUUUGGAAGAUCUAAAACCACAAACACACAAUGUUAACUGAACACUUCACAAACAUAGAGAACACGGAAUGGGGACCACUAGUCGUUUAUUUGAAAAUCAAAACUCGCGGGUUAUGUACAGAAAAAAAGGGCUAGUUUACAAACAGUCUCAUGAGUCAUCCUGGGUGUGGAUCGUAGGAGCUCUUCACGACAACUUGCAGUAAUAGUAUCUAUCGUCGAUACCUUCAAAGGUUGAAUAUCCACGGCACUGCGGAUCACAAGAAUCCAUAAACAUCAACUUGUUUUCUGUUUGUAUGUCCAAAUGUCUUGAGCUUAAUCAAUCCCUAAAGUUCUACACCCACCAAAAAAACCAUGUCGUGUGAUAUUUGGCAACAGGUUCUGGCUUUGGACUCUCGCUAUAGCGCUGUCAGGCCAAUAACAAAAUCAAGUACUGAAUUAAGGCAACUUUAUCUUCGAAGAAGGAAUCAGUUGACAAGAGAAAAAGCCGCACUGAGUGUCAACGAGGCUUUCAGACAUCCUAAUUUAUCUUGUAGUUUCCAAUAUGCAGCUGAAACCUCUGUCGCGUCUUUUGUUGCCUACAGAAACAUUCGUGAACAGCUAUUACUUUCUCUUUACGGUCCAGUCAAACCUCACAGGUGCGCCUCACCUCAGUUAAGCUUAACUAAAUCCAGGAGUUACGAUGAGAGUACAAAACAGCCUUCCCUGCUGAACUACUCCAUGACUAAGUCUAUAUGUGAUGCAUCUUCAGAUUAUCUUACACCCGGAAGGACAGAAACUUUAGGCGAGAGUUAUGCGUUUUCUGGUAUUGAGCAUAUUUUUGACCACCAUUCGGGCGCCGUAAAUCGUUUGAGCUUUGCGAACCACGAUUCAAGUCGUUUAGCUUUGGCUUCGUCUGACGGGACUGUAUCCAUCUGCCGUAUCUCCCCAACUAGUGGGGUUUUUUCGAUCGCAUGUGUUUUACCAGAAUAUCGUGUAAAACAAACAGAAAUUACAGAUAUAGCCUGGUCCAUGACCAACGAAUUUCUAGCAAGUACGUCUCUAGAUGGAAAUAUAUGUUUGUGGGAUGUUGGAGAAGCUAAGUUGGCACGAGAGUAUUUAAGUACGGAGCUGAAACUUGGCCCACUAUUGACGUGCGCUUUCCAACCCGCAAACAAUAACAUUUUCGCCGUUGGUAGCGUUACUGGAAUUAUUCAGAUGGUGAAUCUUUCUACAGGUAAGACCUGUGUUAGAGGCAUGGACCGUAUUCACGUAGCUGCUCGAGGUAGCAAAACUCGUCCAAAUUCGUCAGUCACUGAGCUACGGGGUCUUUUGGGUACAGGAUGUAUUACAACUUUGGCUUUUGAAAAUGCAACAGGCAAUUACUUGUGGGUAGGAACUGAUCGAGGCAUAAUCCAGUCCUAUUUAUGUGAACCAUCGACAGGCUUUAUCAUGAGAUCACAACGUGUCGACAUAUCAUCACUGAAUCUGUCUGUCGUUCCAACCUGCCUUGAGAAGGGAAUAAAACUUAAUGAUUUAUUGUACGAAGAACCGCUAAGUACUCGAAAAACCUAUUUCCUGUCUAAAGCAGAUCAAAGUUUCAAAAGGUGGAGCAGUCUGAAGAGCCGAGCACGUAUGCAUAGUGGGGUAGAUAAGUUACACAGCAGUGGAGGUACAUCGUUAGCGCCAAGCAUAACUAGUCUUUCAAUAUACUCAUGGCUAUCCAAAGAAAAAAGUGAAACAUAUUUGUUGAUCAAUGCAGCUGGUAUCGGGUUAUUGCUGCUUCGAUUAACAUUAGAUAAUAGGAACGUGAUUCUGGAGCAAAGGUUUCCUGUGCAUCAUGGUUCUCUCAAUUCCGUCCCAACAACACUUCGUCUUAUUCAUUCAUGUUUUGCACCACUCAUAUCAUUCCGUUCUGGAGCUUGUGCAGCGAGUGGAAGUGAAGAUUGCAAUGUAUACCUAUAUAAUGUGUUGAGAAGUUGUAAUGCAGACCCUGCAAGAGGAAACAGUUCCUCUCACAAUAAACAAACCUCCACGGGUGUUGUCACCAUUUUGCAGGGACAUACAGCUCCAGUGUUAGAUGUAGCGAUCAGUUGGGACGAGAAUAUGUUAGCGUCAGCAGAUGAGAAGGGUUCAGUAAUUAUAUGGAGAAGACAAGAAAAAUCUGACGCAAGUUGAAGAAUGAACCCCUCCCUUAAGAUUAAAUCUAGUUUUGUUUGGGAUGUAAUUACACGAGCUAAGCGCUUUGACCUACGGGCUUUUCAAGUGUAAAUUUAAUUUCCUGAAUUCCUAAUUUUCGCUUUUUAUUCUACACAUGUAAAUAUAUGUAUUGUUACGC